UCUGUGAGGAGCGUUGGGCCUGAGACGGGUCUGUUUAUUCAGUCCCGGUUCUUUCUCACUACUUGAGAUUCACCAGGGAGAAAUAUGAGUGGGCAGGUGGCAUCAACAUUGGGACCUACAGAUCAAGAUUCCUCCCAGCUGGAUGAACCUGUGGUUGACCAGCACCCCAAUGUUGAGCAACCUCAACAAGAGGAACCACCAGCUGAGAUUCAGGAUAUCACACCUAGAAAGGAGGAAGUACAUGGAGAGGAUCCAGUGAAUCGUGAUGAAGAGGAGGAGAAGGAUGCCUCAGAAGAUUCUGGCCUGGAAGCUAAUUUCCAGGAAUUGUCUGUGGCAAAGACUGGGGGUGAAGGUGGAGAUGGUCCUGAUGUCAGGGAGGAGUUUGUAUCAAAUAUAGAGCCUGUUGAAAUGCCAGAAGCAGGUGAAGGGCAAACAUUUGCUUGAAAGAAGAUAAACUGAAACCAUCUAUGCUGUUCUUCUGUUGUGUAUUUGACUGAAAGUUCUGUCAAUAAAGUUUCAUUUUCUACUGGCA